AAGUUUCACUCCCAGUUUAGGGAAAGGAGAGGGGAACAUCACUUUGCAGAAAGGCACCCCGGAAGGCAGUUCAAACAGAGGGGCACAGGCUGAAGAGGUGAAGAAGGAAGACAGCCAAGAGGGACCGUGCAACUCCUUUAAGGAACGGGACAGCCACGCAACACCUCCCAAACAAGCAAGCGAGAGCCACUACCAGCAAAACGUUGUGCAAACUUUUUUUUUUUUUUUGCAAAGAGAGGCAGCUGGAGGGAAACGUCCAGCCUCUCUCUCUCUCCCAACCCAAGCAUCAACACUCAUGGCUUCAUAAAGGGAACAUUCCUCUGGGGGGUGGGGAGGGGAGUCUUAAUAUUUAAUAUAUAUAUAUAUAUAUAUACAUAUAUUAUUGAAGAAGAAAAAUCCACCAGCCUUGAGGUUGCGUGUUUUGCACAAGCCCCCUUCAGAAAAACAAAACAAAAUUUAAAAACCCUAUUUUGUCUCGGUGGACCAUGGAUACUCACACAAGAUGGAAAAAGAGGACUUGGGUGCUGAGGAGGUCCAUCCACCCUUGGAGUGUAGUGCUGUGUCUGCUCUGUUCCAUCGCCCAGAGCCAUGCAGCUGAACCUGCGGAUCUCUUGAAGGUAUUAGAUUUCCACAAUUUACCUGACGGUAUAUCAAAAACGACAGGUUUUUGCACAAGCAGAAGGUCUUCCAAAGGCGCAGAUGUGGCGUACCAUGUGACAAAAGAUGCCCAGAUGAGUGCACCAACCAAGCAGCUCUACCCUGCAUCUCCCUUUCCUGAAGACUUCUCAAUCCUAACCACUGUAAAAGCAAAGAAAGGGGGCCAGUCCUUCUUGAUGUCCAUCUACAAUGAGCAAGGAAUCCAGCAGAUUGGCAUGGAGAUGGGCAGGUCUCCUGUAUUCCUGUACGAGGACCACACAGGGAAACCAGGCCCUGAGGACUACCCUCUUUUCCGAGGCAUCAAUCUCGCAGACGGCAAGUGGCAUCGAGUAGCCAUCAGCAUCCACAAGAAGAACGUCACCUUGAUUUUGGAUUGUAAAAAGAAGGUUACAAAGUUCUUGGACCGGAGCGACCAUCCCAUCAUCGACGUCAAUGGCAUUAUUGUAUUUGGAACAAGGAUCCUGGAUGAAGAAGUCUUUGAGGGUGACAUCCAGCAACUCCUCAUGGUGGCAGACCAUCGAGCAGCGUAUGAUUAUUGCGAGCAUUACAGCCCGGACUGCGACACCGCCAUCCCGGACACGCCACAGUCUCAGGACCCCAACCCGGACGAAUAUUACACAGAUGGAGAUGGGAACCUCGAAGUGGAAGGAGAAACGUACUAUUAUGAAUAUCCCUACUAUGAAGACACGGACGAUGCAGGCAAAGUGAUCCCUCCGACUACCCAAACUGUGGAUACUGAAGAAGCACCCCAGGAAAGGACAGAAACCACUCAGGAUCUUGCCCCUCCACCCACAGCAGCCCCACCUCUUGUGGAGAGCCCUCAAGAAGAGACCAAGGAAGAAGAGAGGGUGGAAGAUCCACUGGUGGAUGAAUAUAAUUAUGGAACCAUAACGGAUGAAUAUUACACUCCUCUUCCCUAUGAGGAUCUCAACUACGAGGACCUAGAGACUUUGGAUAAGCUUCCAGAAGGCGGCGUUGAGGCAGAGAUACCCACCAGCACAGUAAUCACCUACAAUGGAACUGAGGAUGCCGAGCGAGAGAGUGAAGGCAGAGAAGACUCAAACAAGGACUUCACAGAGGAGACCAUCACAGAAUAUGACAACUACUAUGGCUACUAUGAACGAACAGACUCCCCUGACAUCGGACCCGGCAUGCCUGCUAACCAGGACACCAUUUACGAAGGGAUUGGUGGGCCACGAGGCGAAAAGGGGCAGAAAGGGGAGCCAGCAAUCAUUGAACCGGGCAUGCUCAUUGAAGGCCCAUCCGGGCCAGAAGGUCCAGCAGGUCUUCCAGGGCCUCCAGGUACAACUGGCCCUAUGGGCCCGAUCGGAGAUCCAGGUGACAGGGGUCCCCCCGGACGGGCAGGGCUCCCCGGGGCCGACGGUUUGCCAGGACCGCCUGGGACAAUGUUGAUGCUUCCGUUCCGGUUCAGCGGGGGAGGCGACAGUGGCUCGAAAGGUCCCAUGGUGUCUGCUCAGGAGUCCCAGGCGCAAGCCAUCCUGCAACAGGCCCGGCUGGCACUGAGAGGACCAGCUGGUCCAAUGGGUCUUACCGGAAGGCCAGGACCCUUGGGACCCCCAGGCAGUGGAGGAAUCAAGGGUGAGGCAGGCGACAUGGGACCCCAGGGUCCACGAGGCGUUCAAGGCCCUCCGGGCCCAUCAGGAAAACCAGGACGCCGGGGACGCGCUGGCAGUGAUGGAGCGCGAGGGAUGCCAGGCCAGACUGGGCCAAAGGGUGACCGAGGUUUUGAUGGUCUGGCCGGAUUGCCUGGAGAGAAAGGGCACAGGGGUGACCCCGGCCCUUCCGGUCCUCCAGGAGGCCCAGGGGAGGAUGGCGAGAGGGGCGACGACGGGGAAGUUGGAUCUAGAGGCCUCCCUGGUGAACCUGGCCCCCGUGGCUUGCUGGGACCCAAGGGACCCCCAGGACCCUCGGGGCCUCCGGGCAUAGGCGGCAUGGAUGGGCAGACCGGUCCCAAAGGGAAUGUGGGUCCUCAAGGUGAGCCCGGACCCCCAGGUCAACAGGGAAAUCCAGGUGCCCAGGGUCUUCCCGGUCCUCAAGGUGCAAUCGGUCCACCCGGAAACAAAGGUCCUCUGGGGAAACCUGGGCUUCCUGGUAUGCCUGGAGCAGACGGCCCCCCGGGCCACCCUGGCAAAGAAGGUCCUUCUGGUGAGAAGGGAACUCAGGGUCCAGCUGGCCCUCAGGGCCCAAUUGGAUAUCCUGGCCCUCGUGGUGUAAAGGGAGCCGACGGUGUCCGUGGCUUGAAAGGAACAAAAGGAGAGAAGGGAGAAGACGGCUUCCCAGGAUUCAAAGGCGACAUGGGCAUUAAAGGCGACAGGGGUGAAAUUGGCCCACCUGGUCCACGGGGCGAAGAUGGUCCGGAGGGUCCAAAAGGUCGUGGUGGCCCCAAUGGAGACCCUGGCCCACUAGGCCCUGCUGGAGAAAAAGGAAAGCUUGGCGUUCCUGGGUUGCCAGGGUACCCUGGGAGACUAGGGCCCAAGGGCUCCAUUGGAUUUCCAGGGUUUCCAGGGGCAAAUGGAGAGAAAGGAGGAAGGGGUACUCCUGGCAAACCUGGGCCGAGAGGACAGCGGGGCCCAACAGGUCCCAGAGGAGAACGUGGCCAGAGAGGUAUCACCGGCAAACCAGGGCCCAAGGGCACCUCUGGCGGUGAUGGGCCCCCGGGCCCUCCAGGCGAAAGGGGUCCUCCAGGACCUCAAGGACCGACUGGCUUCCCCGGACCAAAAGGACCUCCGGGCCCACCAGGAAAAGAUGGGUUGCCAGGACACCCUGGGCAGAGAGGCGAAACUGGUUUCCAAGGCAAGACGGGUCCCCCCGGGCCUCCAGGAGUUGUCGGUCCUCAGGGUCCUACUGGAGAGACGGGUCCCAUGGGUGAGCGUGGGCACCCAGGACCGCCUGGGCCUCCGGGCGAACAAGGACUCCCAGGGCUGGCUGGAAAGGAAGGAACCAAGGGUGACCCGGGUCCCACUGGUCUUCCUGGGAAAGACGGCCCACCUGGUUUAAGAGGGUUCCCCGGAGACAGAGGCCUCCCUGGCCCAAUUGGACCUGUCGGACUGAAGGGCAAUGAAGGACCCCCCGGGCCCCCAGGCCCAGCGGGCUCUCCCGGCGAGCGAGGUCCCGCAGGUGCUGCUGGCCCGAUCGGUCUACCAGGGAGGCCUGGACCCCAAGGACCACCAGGCCCUGCCGGUGAGAAAGGGGCCCCGGGUGAAAAAGGCCCCCAAGGGCCAGCAGGUCGUGAUGGCAUCCAAGGUCCAGUUGGUCUCCCAGGUCCAGCUGGGCCUGUUGGUCCACCAGGAGAAGAUGGAGACAAGGGCGAAAUUGGCGAGCCAGGACAGAAGGGCAGCAAAGGAGACAAAGGAGAACAGGGUCCACCAGGUCCCAUUGGUCCACAAGGCCCGAUUGGCCAGCCAGGCCCAGCGGGCGCUGACGGGGAGCCUGGACCUCGAGGACAACAAGGUCUCUUUGGCCAGAAAGGAGAUGAAGGACCAAGAGGCUUCCCCGGCCCUCCCGGCCCAGUCGGGUUGCAGGGCUUACCGGGGCCUCCUGGCGAGAAGGGAGAAACAGGAGAUGUCGGCCAAAUGGGUCCCCCGGGGCCCCCAGGGCCCAGGGGUCCAUCUGGGGCCCCAGGAGCUGAUGGACCUCAAGGUCCACCGGGUGGGAUUGGAAAUCCUGGAUCUGUCGGCGAGAAGGGUGACCCUGGAGAGUCUGGAGAACCUGGCUUGCCUGGAGAUGGUGGACCACCAGGUCCUAAAGGAGAGAGAGGAGAGAAGGGUGAAGCUGGACCUUCUGGGGCCGCUGGGCCGCCAGGCCCCAAAGGACCUCCGGGUGAUGAUGGCCCCAAAGGCAGCCCUGGUCCAGUUGGUUUCCCUGGCGAUCCGGGGCCUUCAGGUGAACCUGGCCCAGCGGGCCAAGAUGGUCCACCAGGUGAUAAAGGUGACGACGGUGAAUCUGGCCAGACGGGCUCCCCUGGUCCAACUGGAGAGCCGGGUCCUUCAGGUCCACCAGGGAAAAGAGGUCCACCUGGGCCAGCAGGUCCUGAAGGCCGGCAAGGAGAGAAAGGUGCCAAGGGUGAGGCAGGUUUGGAAGGCCCUCCAGGGAAAACUGGCCCUGUUGGCCCCCAGGGACCUCCAGGGAAGCCUGGCCCAGAUGGACUUAGAGGGAUCCCUGGCCCAGUGGGUGAACAAGGCCUUCCGGGACCGCCAGGCCCAGACGGACCUCCAGGCCCACUGGGACCACCUGGCUUACCUGGCCUGAAGGGUGAUUCUGGUCCAAAAGGUGAAAAGGGUCAUCCAGGUUUGAUUGGUUUGAUUGGGCCUCCUGGUGAGCAAGGUGAAAAGGGAGACCGGGGCCUCCCUGGUCCUCAAGGGGGAUCGGGGCCCAAAGGAGAACAGGGUAUUCCAGGCCCCUCGGGUCCAAUCGGACCUCCUGGUCCCCCAGGUCUACCGGGUCCCCCUGGACCAAAAGGUGCUAAAGGAUCAUCGGGCCCAACAGGUCCCAAAGGGGAAACGGGCCACCCCGGGCCACCAGGCCCUCCUGGUCCUCCGGGGGAAGUGAUCCAACCGCUUCCCAUCCAGUCCUCAAAGAGGACCCGGCGAAACAUCGAUGCGAGCCAGCUGGUCGACGAAGGGAACACUGACAACUACAUGGAUUACGCCGACGGCAUGGAGGAGAUCUUCGGCUCCUUGAACUCUCUGAAACUGGAAAUUGAGCAGAUGAAGCACCCGUUGGGCACUCAGCACAACCCGGCUCGCACCUGCAAAGACCUGCAACUUUGCCAUCCCGAUUUCCCAGAUGGUGAAUACUGGGUAGAUCCUAAUCAAGGUUGUUCCAGGGAUUCCUUCAAAGUUUACUGUAAUUUCACAGCUGGGGGAGAAACCUGCAUUUUCCCGGAUAAGAAAUCAGAAGGGGCUAGGAUUACUUCAUGGCCAAAAGAAAACCCAGGCUCCUGGUUCAGUGAAUUCAAGCGCGGUAAACUGCUCUCCUACGUCGAUUCAGACGGCAACCCCAUCGGAGUGGUGCAGAUGACCUUCCUGAGGCUCCUGAGUGCUUCCGCCCACCAGAACAUCACCUACAACUGCUUCCAGUCUGUGGCAUGGCACGACGCCACGGCUGGCAACUACGACAAGGCCAUCCGCUUCCUGGGCUCCAACGACGAAGAGAUGUCCUAUGACAACAACCCCUUCAUUAGGGCGGCCUUGGACGGCUGCGCAACAAAGAAAGGCUACCAAAAGACUAUCUUAGAAAUCAACACACCCAAAGUGGAGCAGGUCCCCAUUGUUGACAUCAUGUUCAACGACUUUGGAGAAGCAUCACAGAAGUUUGGGUUUGAGGUGGGACCAGCAUGCUUCAUGGGCUAAGGGCCACUCAGAAAACUAGUUUUCCAAAAUGAGCAACCUCGUAACCUCAUUGCGCCUUCAAUUUUUGGCUCCAUUUUGUUUUUGUGGUUUUUUUGUCAUCGUCACAUGCACGUUCUGAAACUGGACUGUUUGAUGGAAUUGUUGUUAAUUUGUCCCCCCCUUCUGUGUUUCCUGCAACCCAACUCUGCCAUCGGAUCCCAAAACAUGUUGAAGCCCCAGUCAAAGAGAGGACCAUCGUUCCCACUACAGACUCCAGAAUCACAUGACCUAAAAGCGUCACCUGUUGGCAAAACCAAUCUCUUCCAAUGUGCUGUCGCCUAUCCCACUCCCUUCCUUUGCAUCUUCUUUGAGACCACCAAAGGGCCUGGUUUCCUGCACUUGAAUGUACGGCUGUUACUCUAAACCGGAAACACUCUGGCCAUAAAACAUUACCAGUGCUUGUUCCUUUGUUCCUUUGUAAUUUUGACAGCCUCACCAAAGUUGGUGGAAGAUCAAGUUCCAUGGAUCACAAAGAUUCCCAUCACUGGAAGGUUCUGGGAAAAUCCCAGGGAAAAUGUACCUGCCAGGUGUGAUAUGGCAACUGUCUUAGCCUGAACUGAGAACACUUGAGAACUCUCCCAGUUCAGAUGACAGGAUUUCAGUGGUGUUUCAAACAAAACCUAUAUGGAAGAUUUUUUUUAAAAAAAAAUGCCUUUUUUUUUAACUUAGAUCCUAAAAAUAACAACUGAACCCAAUUACACUAAAGAAAAGGGCCAGGUUCUGACUCUGUGCCCCAUGUGAUAAAGGUGCUUCUAUUUUUGUACGUUGUAAGUAAAUAUUUGUAUAUUAUUAUAUUAAAUAUAAAAUGUUUCUGGGUUCAAAACAUGCAUGUGACUUGCCCAUACAAGCAACAUUCCUCACCAGCAAACCCAGACUGGACAGGCCAGUCAAUGAGGCAAUGCUUUUGCUGCUGCUGCUGCCGCUUGCCUUCCCCGCUCCCCAAAAAACAUUGAGGCACUUUUGACCUUGCCUCAUGCAUGCUUACUCAGAUGUAAGGUUGCACUUGAGCUCGAUCAGCCUUACUCCCAAGUAAGCUUGUGACAGGGUGGCAGUUUUACUUUCUUGAGCAAGCAGGUGCUUCCUAUUGCUGGGGAAAAAAUAUUCCUCAUGUGCCUGAGUGUUUUUGGGAUCAGGGCAAAUGUACAGCGAUGUCUCCAAAGCAAAGAAAAGCCUGAAGGAUGUCAGAAUAGCUGUGUGGGUUUGUUUUGUUUUUUGAACAAAGCAUUUCGCUGUACUGGAAACCAAGAGCAACUUUGCUGCAAAAUGCACCAGCAACGGAGUUUGUGUCAGCUCUGACAAGUAGUACAGACUUGAGGUCAGCUCUGUCCUUUUUUCUACUUUCACUUGAUUCAAUGUACAGGUUUAUUUUAUAUUAAAAAAAUGCCUUUUGCAAAAAAAAAAGCCUCCCCCCUCCCCAAAGUUCCAUCCCCCCAUUGGAGGGUUGUGUAUGGCAGGGAUAUCCAUUCUUUUCCUUUUUCAAAAUAAUAAUAAUAAAAAAAUUGAAAACACAGGUGCUUAUUUUUUAAUGAUUAUUUACAUUUCUUUUUGUUGGUGCUACUACGAUGACAACACUGGUGGAACCCCUCCCCCCCUGCCAUUAACCUCCCUCUGAGGCUCUGUUCGUGCCAUUCCAGUCGAGCACCUUCCCUUAUCAAGGACCUCUGUGGUCUUGGACAGAGUUGCAUGCCAGCCUGAUAUUCAGUAUGUAGUUCAGCCGCUUUUGUACGGAAAAAAAGUAUUAAAACUGUGCUUACUUGUGGGGGGGGGGCUGGGAGAGGAUUGUCUGUUUCCUUUUGUAACAAACUAGAAUAUUCAUACAUUUUAUAUGAUGGUAAACUAUGCCAGAUUUGUACUCAGUUGCUGAAUAUUUGUGGUGCUAAUUUAUGUAUUUGUUCAAUGUACUGAAGGCAAGAUCAAGCAUGCCUCCACAUCCAGCUGCAUUUAAAGAGCAAGAAUGAAGGUGUGGUCUAGAGUGCCUUUCCCUAAAGACCACGGGCAGUGGGAAGUGGGGGCUUGUAGCAAUGAACCUUUUCAAUUGCGGCCUUAAUGUUUUUUCCCCCUCCACGAAUUGAAUCAGUGGUACUCUGAGACUGGAAGAGACAGAUGCCAUUUGGUUACCCCAAAGUCUCCUCUGCAAGGAAGUAAUAUUUGCAAAGGAAAAGACAUCACAUUUACUGUGAAUAGAGCCUUUAUAUGAUGUCUUUUCCCAUUAAUCUUCUGGAGGAAAAAAAAUAAACCCAGGGUGAGGGCCCUGAGUUUUUCCAUGGUGCUUCCUAGUCAGACCCCAUUUAUGUUUGUAUUGUGUGUGGAGGGCUUUUUUAGAAGGAGGUGUUGUGUGUUUCCCAUUGGAAUACACAUAGAAUUCUCAGAGACUUUUUUAAAAAAACUGUAUUUUCUCGCAUGUCUGCUUGGAAACGCAUCAGGGAUUCCUCACUGAGAAGAUCAGGAUUAGGGAUUGGAGAGGAAUCCAAUUCAGUUGGCAUUUGAAGCAGAAUUUAUCAAAUUUGCCCUUUCCAAAACAAGAACCGCAGCAGAGCCAUCCUUCAAAAUUUGCACUUAGCCAAAUUCUGCUAUGCCCUUCUCCAGCCCAAGAACAUUUACAAAGAUGCAUACAUUAGGGGAAAGUGCGCAUAAAAAUGAAUAUAUUAACGAAGAUAACAUACAAAAAUAUACGAGGAGAAAUUGCUUGCAAGAAUGUGUGCAUUAGGGAAAGCUGCAUACAAAAUGUGUUUAGUGGGAGAAAUUUACACUAAAAUGCUGAAGAAUUUUCAUGAGUUUUUUUUUUUUAAGGUAACAAAUUGCGGCAGAAACGUGGAGAGCUAAAUCUAGAGAUGGGAAAAUGAGAGAACUGGAAUUGACAGAUUCUUCCAUCCCUAACCAGGAUUAGGGAGAGUGAGUUUCUCUGAGGGACAGACCUAUGAGCGCGUAGCAGUACUCAAGCUCUCCACUCCCACCCUGCAGUGUACAGCUGCAGAAACACAUUAGGGGCAUCCUAGGUUGAAAACACCCCAAACAAGAAAGCAACCCCCCUGGGGGGUGGAUUUUGGAUCCUUACACACACACAUUCUAGGUUGCACUUUCAGUUCACAGACGUGAGCAGGAAGCCCCAACAGGCCUUGGAUAAACUGGUUAUAUGCCUCUGAACAGCCUUCUCUCAAGCUGGUGCCGUCCAGAUGUUGUGGAGCUGCAGCUUCCGUCCACCCCAGCCAGCACAGCUGCGCUGCCUGGGGCGCAUGGGACUUACAGCCCAAAACAUCUGCAGGGGGCCAGGUUGGGGGUUUGCCUUUGGACAGCUGUUUCUCAGCUGGUGGAUUGAUAUGGACUGGGUUCUCUGAAGGCAGAAUGAUUGGAUCCCACUGGCGUUAGAGCGGCUUCACUAACCAACGAGCCAAUUGGAGCAUCUCAUGCAUUGUUUUUCUUUAAUUGCACCUUGUUUCAAGCAUGCUUGGAAAUUCCAAAGGUUGAGCAUUUGCAUCUGCAAAAGGACAGGUCAUGUGGACGGAUGGAGAAGUACACACACACACACACACACACACACACACACACACACACACGAGUUAGGUCAUGUGAUUCUGUUCCAAUAAUUUCUUGUCAAGGGGUCUUCAAUGUUUCUCUUUCUGUUGGGUGUUUCUGUCAAACACAAAAAUCCUACCAAGUGUUGUAAAAUUGUACUGAAGUUUUAACCCUGUUUUCAUUCCCACCCCCUUCUCUCCCAGACCACUUAGCUACGGUAUAUUGCAAUAAAAAUUAUUUCUUGUA